CUGCAACUCACCAGACUAAAAUAACUUCAUCCCACGAUGGCCUCCACCCUCUCCUACCUAACCCUAAGCCUCCUCCUCCCCACUCUCCUCCUCCACCCAUCUCCAGUCUCCUCCGCAGCAGCAACAGCAGCAGCAGCAGCAGCACCAAAAGCCUGCAACGGCCAAUCCACCUACUGCACCCGCAAAUACUCCCAACUAACCCACCUAGGCGCCCACGACAGCCCCUUCGUCGGGCCCCUCCCCCAACAAAACCAAAACCUCGAAGUAACAGAGCAACUCGACCUCGGCAUUCGCUUCCUCCAAGGCCAAACACACAAAUCCCUCGACGAGAAGGACCCCAUCCGCCUCUGCCACACCUCCUGUUUUCUCGAAGACGCCGGCACGCUGGUGUCUUUCCUCGAGACGGUCAAAACAUGGCUAGACGCGCACCCGGACGAAGUGGUUACCCUGCUCCUGACGAACGGGGACAAUCUGCCCGUCUCGCGCUUCGAUCAGGCGUUCGCGGAGGCAAAGGUAAAUGAGUAUGCUUUUGUGCCCGAGGGGAGUCCGGAUGUGUUGGCUAUGGAUGCGUGGCCUACGCUGGGGAGUUUGAUUGAGAAUAACAAGCGGCUGGUUGUGUUUUUGGACUACGGCUCCGACCCCAAAACCACCCCCUACAUCCUCGAUGAAUUCGCCUACUUCUUCGAAACGCCCUACGGCAUAACAGACGCCUCAUUCCCAAACUGCAGCAUUGACCGGCCCCCCGGCGCCUCCCCCGACGGACGCAUGUACAUCGUCAACCACUUCCUCGAUAAGGAAGUGCUAGGCGUUCUGAUCCCCGACCGGCUGCACGCGGCGAAGACCAAUGCUGCGUCCGGGGACGGCAGUAUCGGGGCGCAGUCGGAGCUGUGCGAGUCGAUCUAUCAUCGGUUGCCGAAUGUUGUGUUGGCAGAUUUUGUGGAUCAGGGGGAGGUGAUGGCUGCGCAGGACAGGCUCAAUGGGGUUUGAU